AUGCAUGGUUUUGAGUGGCAGGAUCAGCGUGGAGUUGAGGGCACGGGCUUUGUUCGUGCUCUUCGAAGCCUUCUUACGUCCCACCUCCAGGAUUUUCAGCCGCAUCUAGAGCGACUAGUGAAGGAUUUUCUAGAGAUUGAAUUCAAGGACAUUCACUCAAAUGGUAAUCUAAAAUCUAUUACUGACUCAUGUGAGCAUGACUUUCACCAAAGUCAACUGCUUUGUCUUCUUUGGCGAGGAACUCUGUACGAAACCCAACCUCUUGAUACAUUUCGAUGGGAUCGCGAGAUGGCUAACGCCUUGGAAUUCCCACAAGCCGUCAUCCUCGCAGCCGAGUUUAUACGCAUCACGCCUGGAUUUAUGAGACCAUUGGUUGCAUCAAUAGCCACCAAUCGACACAGAGCUGCCAAGACGCUCUACCAGCACCUGGUGCCGAUUGUUGAGCAGCGUCUGGCAGUGAAGGAUCUACAGCCUCAUGGAGUCACACCGAUGGACUGCAUGCAAUGGCUAAUUGAUACGUCGCCUCGUAAAAAUCCCUGGACGCCUGCGAGGAUGGUGGGUGAGAUCAUGGCGGUAUGGUUCGGAUCCGUGCACCAAUUGGCCAUGGUAGUAACAUGCCGGCGAAAGGCCCUUGCCUCAUACACCUUCCAAGACGGCUCAGCCAUCAGCAGAGGCGACUGGGUAUGCAUCCCCCAGCAAGCCAUGUUGCAAGACGGCACCCGAUACAAGGACGCCCACGUCUUUGACGGCUUUCGAUUCGCGCGAGCAAACGCCCAGCUCCAGCAGCGUCGGCCAUGCGCUGAAGUGCCUGACCAGCAGGCGUCCAGAUUGACACAUGCCAGCCCCGAUUGGCCGAUAUGGGGACUCGGCAAUAUGUCGUGUCCCGGUCGAUUUUAUGCUUCGCUAGUGAUUAAACUCAUCCUGAUUCGUAUCUUGAGCGACUGGGAGUGCCAGAUGCCACAUCCCGAAGCGCCGAGAACCAAGACGUGGAGGUCGAGCAUGGUUCCUCGGGAUGAUACCAUCGUCAUGUUCCGCAAAAAGCUGCCUUGA